CCUACGGUCAGACCUGAGUCAGUCGUGUGGAGGCAGGACUACGUCACACUGAGGAAGUGUAAACCACAGCGGCUCACAGAGAACAUUCUGACGGUAAAAAAAAGACACAGAUUAUCGACAUUUAGUCCAGAGAAGCUGAGGCGAAGUCGUUAACUUCACCUUAGAAGUCGACACAACUCGGAUACACGACGUGUUCCAGAAAGUUCCUCCGGAGUUUCCAGAUUCGGGAACUACUGCAGAAGUUAAGAGAAGUGUGGUGAACGGAUUUAGCGGUAACAUGGUGAGGAGAAAGGACAUGAAUACAACAAUAAGACUCUUCGUCUGCUCCCUGGUGGCUGUGGUUGUCUUCUUCUCGGUCCUCCUGCUUAAGCGCAGCGACUCUCUGACAGACCUGCCUAACAUCAUAUCUGAGAGCUUGGACCAAGCCGAAGUCUUCAUCAAGACCAAAGUGGACCCACUGGCCUGCCUCACACCCAGAGAGUGUCCUUCAGACCACUUCAGCUUCUACGUCCAGAGUGGAGCCGCCAACAUCGUCCUGCCCAAGAUCUGCAUCCAAAACAGGACGGUUCUGGGAGCAGUUCCAGGAAACGGUGGAGUGGGACUCAACAUUGUGGUGAUGGAUGGUAGAACAGGAGAAAUCUUGAAGACAGGUGCCUUUGACAUGUGGGGAGGAGAUGUCCAGCCUCUCGUUGACUUCCUAAAGGCCAUUGAAGUUGGGUCUGUGGUUCUGAUGGCGUCGUUCGACGACCCGGCCACAAAGUUGAACGAGGAGGCCAGGAAUCUGAUCGCUGACCUGGGAAGUUCCCUCAUCCAGACCCUGGGCUUCAGAGACAACUGGGUGUUUGUUGGUGGGAAAGGAGAGUCAGUGAAGAGCAACUACGAGAAGACCCUAAAGAAUGAAAGGGAACAUAACAAAUAUGAAGAGUGGCCUGAGAUCAUAGACCUGCAUGGAUGUAUCCCUCAAUACUUGCAGUGAUCAGAAACACCACCACCGUCUGAACUGAUCCAUGGACAGAACUGUGAGAACAAGGAACCAACACCCGAUGACAGCAGACCAGCAACCAGAACCUGGCUGGUCCACAUCGGAAGCUGUUUUCUGGUUCUGGUCUGUUCCUGAGUGAAUGCUGACAUAAAAUGGUCUUUGAUGUUUUGGGAUUUUUUAAAUAGUCUGAUUGCUGUGGCUCCACGUGCUGUGCAGCCGAGUUAAAAACACAAACUCAAUAUCUGUUAUGGACUGAGCUUUAACAUUUCUGCCACCUCCACCCAUGGUCCAUCUCUGGUACCCACUUCUACAGAUAGCUGGACCUGGUCUCCUGAUCCAUAGGAGAUCCAUCAUAUAUUUAAAUCUCUUUUUAUUAUGUGGGCAAUACUGAAGUGUGUGUGUGUGAGAGAGAGAGUUUGUGUGAGAGAGAGUGUGGGGUUUUUUUUAUAAAAGAGAGAGUUCAGAGUUUACUCUGACAUCAAUAAGGGUUUAUUGAAGUGAAUAAAAGUCAACUGUGAAUC